GCAGCAGAUGGGAACUAGCCGUGGAAACGGGAUCGCGGCACAAGGACCAGGGGAGCGCCGAGGGGGAGUGUGAGUCAAGCUGGAGUUUAUCACUGCGUGGAGAGUGAUGAACAGGAGGGGGGGUGGUAGAGGAAAGAGGGAGGGUGGCUCAUCACAGAUAUAAGAGAACUCCCAGGAAGAAGGAGCACUCAGGGCAGCGUCCGAGCUGCCGGUGGCCCCCGCUCGCACUGUUUACGCUACUGGAGUUUGUGUAUGUUGGACCCUGCACACGGAUCCACACUGAAGGGAGCAGUCGCCACCAGGGAGCCUCCAACGCCGACUUUCUCCCCCGCCGACGGUACCAGGAUGGCCGUAACGGCUGGAUGGAGCUGCUGAAGCCCGUCUGCUCCUAAAAUCGAGACCAUCCACCGGUUUCGCGGGUUCCUUCGUUCGAGCGGUUCACGCCUGCGACUGCUCCGGGUCAGAAGGUGACCCCGGUCAUCGCCGGGCGCUGAGGUCAGAAUGGCCGCCUUUGUGUUGUCGGACGUGGAUUACAACCACAGUUACCUGGAUGAGCACUUUUACUUCGAGAGCCCUUCUGAGGGCUACGGCGUCGCCAUGGUGAUCCUCUACCUGCUGGUUUGCGUGGUGGGACUGGCCGGGAACGCCUUGGUCAUCGUCGCCAUUUUGAAACUGGACCGGAUGUCGUCCUCGACCACCGUGUACAUAUUCAACCUGGCUCUGGCCGACGGGCUCUUCAUGGCGGGCCUCCCCUUCAUCGCCAGCCAGAACCUCCAGAACUACUGGAUGUUCGGCGACGCCGCCUGCAAAGCGGUGAUGGUGCUGGACGGCAUCAACCAGUUCACCAGCGCCUUCUGCCUGACGGCCAUGAGCGCGGACCGCUACGCGGCGCUGGCCGACCCGCCGCGCUUCGCCGGCUGGCGCACACCGCGCCGCGCCAAGCUGGUGUCGGCGCUGCUGUGGCUGCUCUCGCUGCUCACCAUCCUGCCCAUGGCGCUGCACUUCUCGGCCGAGCGGGGCCAGUGCGUGCCGACGUUCGCCUCCGACGCCUGGUGGCUCGGCGUGCUCACCUACACCUUCGCCGCGGGCUUCGCGGCGCCGUUCGCGGUGAUGACGGCCGCCUACGCCGCGCUGCUGCUCGCGCUGCGGCGCCAGCGGCGCCGGGCGCCGGCGCCAGCCCGGGGGGCCCAGCGGCUGGAGCGGCAGGUCACCCGGAUGGUGGUGGCGGUGGUGGCGGUGUUCGGCGCGUGCUGGCUGCCGUUCUACACCUUCAACUUCUGGAGCCUGCACCAGGACGGCCUGUUCCUGACCUUCGCCAGGGCCUUCGAGGUCGUGGUGCUGCUGUCGUACUCGUGGAGCUGCGCCAACCCCAUCCUCUACGCCUGUCUCUCCGACACCUUCCGGAGGCACUUCCGCACGCUGCUCUGCUGCGCCGAGAAGUCAGCUCCCAGCAUGCUUUGCGACACUGAACAGUAUGACUUAAAUGAGGGAGGUAUGCUGGAUGUUACGGUUCUAGCAUGAAGAGCAGAACAUGUAUCGCUAGUGUAGCCAUUGAACUAAACUGCUUAAUUCUUGGAAUUAUUGCCUUCCAGGAAUAAAAGUGUAUCUUAUUCUGCUUUAAUCAGUCCUGUGGAAAUAUCAUCGCUUGUCAGUCAUUUCCACUUUCCUAUUUUCCACAAAUAUUGUGUUGUGCCGCCGGCUCCAUCUCACACCUCUGUUAUUGUUUGUCUUCCAAUAACUCGGGCCUCUCCGUCGACCUGCGCUCCUUGCGUUUUCUUGUUAUUCAGCUUUUCACCACAAGUAAUGAAGCGAGGCAACGCGCGUCGAUGGGUGGAGGGUAAACAGAAUCUCCAGGGGCCCGUGCCUUCGGCUGAUCGCGAGCAACAAAACAAGCGCGCCCCUCGACUCCCACAGCUGGAUUAUGUGUUUGGCUUGAAGUGCACAAAAGUGUCAGAUGUGUGUGUUUAUGCCCGAGUGGCUGCGUGUGUGUGUGUGUGUGUGUGUGUGUGUGUGUGUGUGUGUGUGUGUGUGUGUGUGUGUGUGUGUGUGUGUGUGUGUGUGUGUGUGUGUGUGUGUGUGUGUGCGCACGUGUACAUAGCUUACUGUCGUAUUCUGAUGUCUUUCUAAGAGGAUUUCCAUAAUAUGCUUUCAAGGAACGGAGCACUAUCACCUCCUGUAAAAACUAUUUACUUCAUCUAGGUGAAAUAAUACCAGCACUUAUCUUUGUUGUGAUGCACGUCAACAUUCUAAAUCGCUCUAAAACCAAUACUGGCACUACACAUCAUCGGAUGUGACAUAUUUAAAAAACUAGUUUUAGCUACUGUAGAUGAAUAUAUAUUUAUACAUAAGUAUUUUUAAAGGUCCUACAGAGUGUAAUCCAGGAUCCAAUAAUUAAUAAGUAGGAAACACACAUCUAUCUAAAGUGAUCCGUCUAAGCAGAUGUUGGCUAUCAAUCAUAUAAAUAUGCAUAAAUGAUGUCUGUGACAAUCUGCAAUCUGUUCAUUCUGCUGAGAGAGAAAUAAAGUGCCUCAUUUUUGAAAA